UUUGUUGUGCAUUUAUAGCUAUGAUGAGUUUUGGACGACAGAAAAGGCAUGGUAUGUUACCUUGUAGAGAAAUUCCCGAUAGGGAAUGAAGGCAGCGUGACGUGAGGUGACGUGACGUGAUUUAAUGGGCGUGUCUUCGCUUAACUGGCAACACAGUUGAGUUUGUUCGGGCUGGUUGUGGAAAACUCUGGAAGUUUCUUCACUCCUUAAAAAGGGAAUCUUCAGGGGGCAGCAGGUCAGACUCUGACUAGACACGGAGAGCCACAGGCUGUAACCAAAACAUCUUUCAACAUUCACUAAACAGGCCGCUUGAUGGUGAAGAUGGGUAAAGACUACUACGACAUUUUGGGAAUUAAGAGAGGAGCGUCGGAGGAUGACAUAAAGAAAGCCUACCGUAAGCAGGCUCUGCGGUAUCACCCCGACAAAAACAAAUCACCGGGAGCCGAGGAGAAGUUCAAAGAAAUCGCUGAAGCCUACGACGUUUUGAGUGACCCAAAGAAAAAGGAUAUCUACGAUCGUUUUGGCGAAGAAGGUCUAAAAGGCGGAGGCCCCCCAGGUGGUUCUGGUGGCCCCGGCACCUUCAGCUACAGCUUCCAGGGCGACCCUCAUGUCAUCUUUGAAGAGUUCUUUGGGGGACGUAACCCCUUUGGACAGUUCUUUGGGGCCCGCAAUGGAGGCAUGGAAGAGGACAUGGACACUGAUGACCCUUUUGCCCACUUUGGGAUGGGGGGCGCUGGAAUGGGCGGGUUCCCUCGCUCCUUCAGCUCUGGUAUGGGAGGAAUGGGCAUGAACAGUAGCGUUGUAAAGAAGCAACAGGACCCCCCUGUGGUUCACGAUCUACAGGUGACCUUGGAAGAAGUUCUGUCGGGUUGCACCAAGAAAAUGAAGAUCUCACGUAAAAGGCUGAACCCCGACAGGCGCACCGUGAGGACAGAGGAUAAAAUCCUGGAGGUCCAGAUUAAGAAAGGGUGGAAAGAGGGCACGAAAAUCACGUUCCCCAAAGAGGGAGACGAGAGGCCCACAAACAUUCCAGCAGAUGUAGUCUUCGUGUUGAAAGACAAGCCACAUCCAAUAUUCAAACGUGACGGCUCUGACAUCGUUUACACAGCAAAGAUCUCCCUUAGAGACGCCUUGUGUGGCUGCUCAAUCAACGCACCCACGCUGGAGGGCAGAACUGUAACUGUGACCGCAACAGAUAUCGUGCAUCCGGGGAUGAAGCGACACAUCAGUGGGGAGGGGCUGCCUCAUCCCAAACGCCCCGAUCGACGAGGGGACCUGAUAGUGGAAUACGAGGUGAAGUUUCCUGAAAGGCUCAGUCAGAGCGCCCGCGACACCAUCGCUCAAGUCCUCCCAAGAUCUUAAAUGAGACCAACAGGACUCCAAGACUUUCAAAUGAUCACCAGUGCUGCCCACUGUCCUUGUUUCAAAGCAUCACAUGGACAUUCAUGUGCGUUUUCUAAUCACACAUCGGACAAUACUGAGACUCAUGGGACAGAUUUUCCUGCGUGUAUGCCCUCAACCAUUGUCAAAAAACUUCCUUUGGGAAAUGCUUCCUGUAAAUGACCGCAGGAUUGUACAGGCUUUAUUGUAAAUAUCCAAAAGCUUUUAUUUUGAUGAAAUAGAUGUUUUAUUAUAUAUAAAGGAAUGCUGUAAGUGCACUACCAUGUGGGAGCCGUUUGUUUGUUUAAAGGUUUACAGAGUUCAGAAGAAGCACUUCUAAAUUGUGCACUGAUGGAUGCAAAGAUUUCGGUGUUGAGACACUUCUACUAUUCUUCUGAUUUGCAGAAAGGUUUUAUGUUUGUGUGAGUGACCAUAAUUGCAAUUAUACAAUUAAACUGGUGCUUAACAUAA